AUGCAGGCUUUGGUGCACGUUUGCACAAGCAGCUUGGAGCUGUUUGAGCCUAUGGAUGUCGCCAACCUGCUGUGGUCCUUUGCAAGGCUAGACUUCAAUCCUGGGGAAGACUUCCUGCAAGCUGUGGUUCAGCGUGCCCUUCAGAUAGCUGACAAGUUCGAGCCUGUUGACAUCGCGAAUCUGCUGUGGGCACUUGCCAAGCUUGAGAGCUCUUGUGGCGAACAGCUGCGACCACUGCUGCAGGAAGCCGAAGCUCAAGUGUCUCGUUUCGAGCCUGCCAAGCUGGCCAGCCUGUUGUGGGCCUGCAACAAGCUUCAGCUCCCGCCGGGUCUGGCACUGCUGCGAGCCCUGCCCUGCCGCAGCGACAACGAGCUCACGGAACUGCGCCCUCGCGGGCUGUCCUACGUGCUUUGGGUCUAUGGCCUCCUGGGCCACAAUCCAGGGCGCACUUUUCUUCGGCGAGUCAUGCGCAAGCUCAGCAGAAGUGUGCCGCCGUUUGGCUACUGCGGUGCCCAAGGCCUUUCCGGUGUCCUUUGGGCCUGCGCUCGCUUCAGCUUUGACCCGGGCGACCAGCAGGUCUUUGAUCUGCUGGACAGCGCCCGGCAACAGCUCCAGAGCUUCACCCCGGCACAGCUCACCCGGCUGCUGUGGGCCUGCGCCAAGUUGCAGCGUCGCCCCAGCGGUGAGUUCCUUCAGGCCUGGCUGGAGACAGCCCGCCUGCAGCUUCAUCUCUUCGAAAAGGAGGAGCUGCUGCUAUCCUCGCGCAGCUGCUCAAAGCUGGGCUUUAUUGAGGGCGAGGAGACGUUGCCUGCGACUUUGUUGCAGGCGGUCUACAUUGUCUCGGCUCCAUGGGGCGGCCCUAUUCUGCAGAUCGAUGGCGCUGCCCUUACACUUCGUGGUGCCCGUGUGGCGGCAUGCCCCUGUGACCUGCGCUUUCUCACCGACAUGGAAGCGCCACGUUGGAUUGCCGCGGCCCGACUGGAGGAGGUUGCUGGAAAGGUGCAGUCAGCACGACAGCUCAUUGCCCAAGGCUGCAAGCACUGCCCCAACAACGAGGAUGUGUGGCUUGAGGCAGCUCGUUUGGAGAAGCCCGCGAAUGCAAAGGCGGUCUUGGCCAAGGCAGUGAAGUCGCUGCCGCACAGCGUGCGUUUGUGGAUCGAUGCCGCCAACCGCGAGACGGAUGUGCAGGCGAAGGGCCGGGUGCUGCGCAAGGCCUUGGAGUUCAUCCCCAACUCCGUGCGACUCUGGAAGGAGGCGGUCAGCCUGGAGGAGACGAGACUGAGGCGCGCGUCAUGCUGA